GGCGUCAUGUACCCUGCUGCAUUGAACCUGUCGGUUGGGUGGGUUUAUCCACUGCGGCCAAUUCAGGGACCAUUCAGACAUUUACCUAUUCGCACCGUUUCACCCGCAAAAUGAUGGCGGUUGGAGAGGGAGGGGUGUUGAAGCCCAAUCGUCCCUUACGAUGGCCUUGAUGGCCUUGAUUCCGAGUGUAUCGGCCGUUAUCUUUCUCACCAUCGCUCUCAUUGCCAUCCUGAUUAUCCCCCUCCUGAUCGAUGGCCAAGUGGUCGUGCAUCAUGUUGUCAAACUUCGCGGCUUCUUCAACCAGCCUGUCCCCAUCCGUCCAUUUACCGGAGCUUUUUCAUGCGUGGGUCCUGACCCAUUCUGUCUGACUGCAGUGUUCCUAUUGAUUGUUGGGCCGCUACGAGCUUCCUUGUCAAGUCAUAUUCGAAGCCGCUCACUUGGUAUUAUGCGAUUGACGGCUCCGGCCCCAGAUCCAGAUAGAUCUUGUCUCAUACCUAGCCCAACCUCCCUGCCGACGUGGCGCCAAUGCUGUCGUGUCCGUCAAUUGCUUUCGAGCACGAUAUUGAUCACAAGAGCUUGAGAUCUCACUCCACUUUAACAUGUCCAGGCCCGUGGGGUACUGUAAGUCCCAUCCAUGUAGGUAGUUCUCUUCGAUCAUGUAGUCAAUUAAACGUCUUACCUACACUUCCUGAUGGAUCCGAGCUCGCAAUUGAUGAGUGAAUUCUUUUUUUUUUUUUUCAAUUAUACACCCAUCCUUCAUCCACUCAAUCCAUUGUUCUCCCAUCCAUCUAUUUUCAGAGUCGUAAUCAU